UGGCAGAGGCUGUGGUCAGUCUUCCUCUCACUAACUUGGAAUGGUUUCAAAUCGCAAGCAGUCGCGCUUAACCCGAGCACCCAUUCAUCAAGCAUAUCCACUGGAUCGAUGUUACUAUAAUCUCUGAAGCUACCCUGUCAUAUAUACAGGCGUAAGAAGACAUGAUCACUAGCACCAGUAUUUAUGGCCUAAAGAUGCAGUGGACCCCAGAGCAUGCGCAGUGGGCCGAGCAGCACUUUGACAUCUCCUCCACCACCCGCUCCCCUGCACACAAAGUGGAGGCCUACCGGGGUCACCUGCAGCGCACCUACCAGUAUGCCUGGGCAAACGACGACAUCUCUGCACUCACCGCCUCCAACCUGCUGAAGAAAUACGCAGAGAAGUACUCUGGGAUUUUAGAGGGUCAGAGUGAAAGAGCGCUGCUCUGCUCAUAUUCCGAUGGCACUCCUGGACUCCUGAAUGGACGUAAGUCAGAGAGUGAGUCCUGGCAGGAGGGGAUUUACUCAAUGAACUGCGCUCCAGAUGUUAUAUCUGUGAACAAAGCUGGAAUGACAGCUGCUCUUCCCCCAACAGACGUGUCGGCCAGCAUAGGUAGCUCCCCAGGGGUGGCCAGCAGCCUGAACGAGCCCAGCUAUUCCAGCAGUAACUGUGGGAGUCACACAGCCACCAGUCUACACUCGGGUCUGUCCUCUCAGGAAUACUCUACAGGCUACAAUGGCUCCUACCUGCACUCUAGUUACAGUGGGCAGACCACCCCAGGCCUCCCCUCUCAACACCCCUCUCCUUUGCACAGUACUGGUCUCAUACAACCCCCUGCUCCACCACCUCCCCCUACUUUAGUGCCCAGCUACAACGUGGGGUCUCCCAACCUCUCCAACUACAAUUAUCCUCCGACGGGGUAUCCCUCACAGACAGUUGUUGCCCCUGGCUAUAGCCCUGGUGGGGGCCCCCCUCCCUCUUCCUAUCUGCCAUCCGGCAUCGCAGCUCCCACGCCCCUACCACCCACUACACUCCCUGGCUAUACCUACCAGUCCCAUAUCCAUGCACCAAUUGCACCAACACCUUUGAAUGGCAGCUCAGCCAACUCAUUGAAAAGAAAAGCUUUCUACAUGACGGGGCAUGGAGAUAUGGACUCCAGCUAUAGUAAUUUCAACUACAACCAACAGCACUCCUCACAAAGCCCUAUGUACAGAAUACCAGACAACAGCAUCUCAGACUCAAGCAGAGGGAAUGGAUUUGACAGGAAUGCUGAUGCGUCAUCUUUAGCGUUUAAGCCUACGAAGCAGCCAAUAUCCUCAGAUCAGCAAAGAAAAUUUAGCAGUCAGUCUGGCAGAGCACUUACCCCUCCCUCCUAUGGAUCAACCAAAAGCUCUGUGGGAAGCCUGAGAUCGGUUGAGUCCUUUGGAAAGUUUAGAUCCCCCAUCACGAGUGAGCAGAGUGAAGAGCGCAGACAGCGCCUCUCCCAUUCCAUUGCAGGGUCGGACAUUGGCAGAGCUACCUCAUCCAGCCACACUGCAGAGGAGCAGCUGAAGAACAGCGAUGCCAACGUGGUGGAGUUGGUCACCACAGAGAUCCUUCAGCCCGGUCCCCCAGUGGACUGGAGUGACAUAGCUGGUCUGGAGCUGGCCAAAGCAGCCAUCAAAGAAGAGAUUCUGUGGCCCAUUUUGAGGCCAGACAUGUUCAGUGGACUUGCCACAUUACCUCGGAGCCUCCUUCUCUUCGGACCUCAGGGAACAGGCAGAACACUGCUGGGCCGCUGCAUGGCCAGCCAGCUGGGGGCUGCCUUCCUGCAGCUCAGUGGCUCAGCCCUGGUGACCAAGUGGCUGGGGGAGGGCGAGAAGAUUGUCCAGGCAUCCUUCCUGUUGGCUCGGUGUCGCCAGCCCUCAGUGGUGUUCAUCAGUGAGGUGGACAUGCUUCUAUCGGCCCAGCUCAGCGAGGAGAGCCCGGUGAACAUGAUCCAGAGUGAGCUUCUCAUGCAGCUGGACAGUGUGCUGACCACAGCCGAGGACCAUGUCCUAGUGGUCUGCUCCACCAGUAAGCCUGAGGAGAUCCACGAUUCCCUGAGGAGGUACUUCACCAAACGGCUCCUCAUCCCCCUACCUGACAGCACAGCACGGCGCCAGAUAAUCAGCCAACUGCUCUCACAGCACAACUAUUGCCUCAGUGACAAAGAGGUGUCACUGCUGGUCCAGCGGAUGGAGGGCUUUUCAGGACUGGACGUGGCCCGGCUGUGCCAGGAGGCAGUGGUAGGACCACUCCAUGGCAUCCCAGCUUCUGACCUCUCAGCCAUCCAUCCCAGCCAGAUGAGACCAGUCUCCUACCAAGACUUUGAAAAUGUAUUUAGCAAAUUCCAGCCCAGCAUAUCACAAAAAGAACUGGACACAUACACCGAAUGGAAUAAAAUGUUUGGUUGUAGUCAAUGAAACUGAAGCAUUAGAAUAUGUGGGCAGGAAACCCUUUUAGAGGUAUACCAUUUAGAAUUCUCUCCUCAGUAAACUAGGCAAGUGAAAAUUACAGAUAGUGGUGACCUUAACACCUGCAGUACAGUAAAGGCGUAAGGAUAGUCCUGAGAGAAGCAAAGGCACACUUCAGACAACAGCUGGCAAUCUGCACACAACACAGAGAAAUAUUAUUUUGAUGCUUGAAACUGCUGAUGCCAAGUGGGUACGUUUUGCAUUACAUUUUAGUCAUUGAGCAAAGGCUCUUAUCCAGCUACAUAAAUUUUUGUACUGGUCCCCCAUGGGAAUUGAACCCACAACCCUGGCGUUGCAAAUGCCAUGCUCUACCAACUGAGCCACACGGGAGCUAGAGUCUAUAGGGUAGAGUAUAACAGCAUGGAACCUCUGUGUGUAUAUGUCAUUCUGUUGUUGUGGAGAUUUAGUUGCUAUUAAGUGCCUGAAGUGGUGCUCUUUUAUUUAGUGUUAUUAUUUCUUUGCCUCACAAUCUACAUUUGUGGCAUGUGCUAAUAUAAAAAGCUUUAAUAUGAGACAAAAACAAAAAAAUGGCUUUUUUCCAUUGAAACAGUAUUCCUCAACUGUGUCUGCUUUGCGGUCUCUGUGGACAGGAGAAAGUAUGUGGUAUUGGUAAUCUGAACCCUAAUUUAUAUACAUAAUUUCUUUUGAAAACUCAGGAAAGUGAUUGUGAUAUGUAUAGUACCUCAAAAGAUUUUGUCAAAGCACGACAAACUGCUAAGAGCAUUUGGCUUGCUUUUGAGGGUUAUGGUACCUCAAUAGGCUAAAAAUGACAAGAGUAUGACUUUGAAUGUACCAGAGGAAUUCUGCAGUAUUUGGAAGACAAAAGGAGGAGUAUUGUGUUUUUCUUAGCGAUUUUCUAAGCGAAGAAUCCCAUUGUGAAUAUAGUUUUAUUUGAACAUUUCUUAAAUUCUAUCAACUAUAACACAUUCGACUGGCCUUGAUCCAGAGUACAUGAACACGUUUUAGUUUUUUUCUUAAACUUCAUUUGUAGGAGAAAGCAUAACAUAUGUAUUUCUCGAACAUUAUCAGCAGCUUAAUUGUGUAUCUCAUCUGCAGAUUAAACUGCCAAGCCUCUUGUGGCAGAAUAAUGGCAAGAUACAUUUGCUGAAGACAAGCAUCAUGAGGUUGAAACAGACAGCUUCCCAAGGUAUUUAAUUCGAUCCCGCUGCUGUUUUAUUAUCAUUAAAACCUAAGAAUAAUGUAUGCCAUAAGUUAUUUUCUACCUCAGUUUAUUAGUUUUCUCUGAAAGCAGAAUCUAAGGGGAUGGCUAGAUGACAGAGCCUAUUUCGCUUAUUAAACUAUGAAGCCUAUUGAGGGAACAAAAAAGCUGCCUAUCUGUCAACAAAAUCAGCUUGAGUUAGUGUUACACCUUCAGUGUAGUCCCCAUUCAUAGACACCUAUGUAUUAAUUUCUUAGAGUAGGUUGGUCUUGAAAAGGGGUCUGGGGACAUGUGUGGCCAUUAGCCCUGUCUUUGAGCCCUUCUUCAAGUGUCACUUCUUACAGCAAAGCUUUUUUAUUAUUAACUAUCAGUGUUUAGUAAAAUGCCAGAACAGGGGCAAUGUAGACACAGAGGUCUGACAACUGCAUGAAAGAGCCUUGCAUUUAAUGUAUAUUUUUUCUCAUUUUAUUUUAUUUUACUAAAGCAGUAUGAAAACUAUUGCAAGGCACUAGUACAGUGGAAGGGAUGCCACCAGAUACAGUACCACUAAAAGUGUUAGCAGUACAGUGAGGGAACUUGCGUUUAUGUUUACUAGCAUUUCAAUGUGGUAUUUCCCCAAUUUGUAUUUCUUAUAUUUACAUAUUUCUCUGCUCUUACUCAGCUUAUUUUGUUUACUCCAAAACAUGCACUGUUACAAUUACAAAAGUAAUUUGUUAAAUGACUGCACUUACUGAGCAACAGGAGGCCAUAGAAUCACUGAUUGUCCAUGACAGUUCCCUGUUCUAGUGUAGUCUCAAGACACCUGGCUUUGUUAAAAAGCUUUGAACUGCUUUUUCAUUAACACUAUUACAAAGAAUAACAGCUGCACAAAGAAACAACACUGCAACAAAAAAAAUAGCUACAUUGAUGUCCCCAAAAUCUAAAUCUAUACUAAAUCUGCUUGUUUUAUUGUAUUUUAUCUUUGUAUCUUAUUUUGCUAUAUGGCUUUUAUUGCCUUAGAUAAAUAGGAUAAAAGUCCCCUGAAGUUCAAGUGUAGUUAACCAAAUGAACUUUUCAUGCUUUGUUCUGUCAUACAAAAAUGUGUUUGUAGGUCUCCCUUGAUGCCAAAGUGAAAUCAACAGUUUUAUUUUGACAUAAGCUCAUUGAACUCAAAAUGGCAAUUAUUUAUUUAACAGCGAGUUAAGCAGAUUUUGCAUGUGCAAGUAGGACACAUUCAUGAAUUUAAGGCAAAUAAAUUAAACGUAAAGGAAAUAGCUUUUGAACAAGUUAUACAUUAUUAAACUACAUUACACCAACGAUAAGAGCAGUAGAACAGGAAAAACAAAGCGAUCAACUAAAAAAAUGGCACCACAUUCAAACACAAAUUCUUCUCUUUCCUGAGUGUAAGGAUGUUCACUGAAGUAAGUAAUUCAGUCUGGAGGACAACAAUGUGAAGAAUCGGCCUAUAUAGUAAAAUACGUACAACAAACUAGAUAGGUUGAUAAGCACAUCUAUUCUCCCUCAUUUCUGACAAUGUUAAAACAAAUUCACAUAGAAGUAUGAGUUAUAGAUCUGUCAUUCUAAGAAGUGGUAUAUCUGUUCUAUGCGCGCUAUUUCUAUGCUUCCCGUGCUUAAGUUUAGUUUUUGUGUCUUUUACUUUCGGUUUUGUACACCAG